AUGGCCGACGAGGCUCCUGCGGCAGAGGCCACCUCCAUCACAUUCAACGUGAAGGCCUCCAACGACGCGAAAUAUACCCUCACGCUUCCUGAGUCGACUACGGUCUCUGACCUCAAAACUAAAUUGUCAGUCAGCGAGUAUGCCGACACGCCAGCUGAGCGCCAGAGGUUGAUCUACUCCGGACGAGUGCUCAAAGAUAACGAAACCUUGGCGACCUAUAAGAUCAAGGAUGGACAUACUAUUCACCUAGUCAAGAGCGCAGCAAGCAACCAACGCCCGAAUACAACUGCUCAGAGUUCGAGUACCGCGCCUGGCACAACAGCCACUCCGUCUGUACCUGGAGUCCCGUCAAAUAUUGCUGCAGGCACUGGGAACAAUCCGCUAGCUGGUUUGACGGGUGCACGAUACGCUGGAUUUGCACAGUUGCCAGGAGCUGGCAUGUUUGGCCCGGAUGGUGGUAUGGGACCGCCACCCGAUCCAGACGCCAUGCUCAACAUGCUGGAAAACCCCCAGGUCCAGGCAACGAUGAACGAAGCCCUCCAAAAUCCUGCUCUCAUAGACAUGAUGAUACAACAAAACCCAAUGCUUCGAGACAUGGGUCCAGGCGUUCGUCAGAUGAUGCAGAGCCCAGAGUUUAGAAGGAUGCUCACAGAUCCGGCUGCGAUUCGCCAAAUGGCACAAAUGCAAAGAGCCUUUGGGGGUAUGGGUGGUGGUAUGGGACUUGGCGGCGGAGCUGGGAAUGCCGCUUUCCCGGCUCCUGGCGUCACCAACACUACACCAGAGGAGAACCGUGGCCAGCAACAAACCGGUGACAACGCGGCUGGAAAUACUGGGGCUAUUCCUCCUGUGAAUCCAUUUGGCGCAGCGGGAAAUCCUUUUUCGGCUCUAUUUGGAAUGAACCCUCAGAACCAACCACCCCUGGCACCUUCCAUCACACCAUCAACGGGUGCUGAACAGAAUACCGGCGCAAAUGCCCCUAGCGGGCAGACCGUAACAGACCCAUCGGCUCAAAACCAACAGGCCCAGAACCCUUUUGCGGCUCUUUUUAACCCUGCAUUGUUUGGCGCUCCUCCCACUCAACCUGGCGCGGAUGCCGGUACCGGUGCCCAAGCAGGCAACUUCAACCCAUUUAACCCCCAAACCAACCCGCUCCUCCGAGAUCCUGCUAUGCUAUCAAACAUGAUGCAGGCCAUGGGUGGUGGUGGUGGUGGUGGUCAGUUUGGUGGUGGAAACGGAGGCGCGGCGGCGAAUCCUUGGGCCUCGAUGUUCGGCGCUCCGCCUGCUGCCCCUGUAGAUAACCGACCUCCUGAGGAACGUUAUGAGGCACAGUUGCGCAGUCUGAACGAUAUGGGUUUCUGUGAAUUUGAGCGAAACAUUGAGGCUCUCCGAGCGUCGGGAGGAAGCGUCCAAGGAGCGGUGGAGUACCUCCUAAGCCAUCUGUCAUAA